CCCUCCGUAAAUUUCUUGCUCAGUUCAACUAAUCUAGCAGCUGCGUGGCUGUGACUGUGAGCCACCGAAAGAUCCAAACGCCACCACCAAAACCAAACCAAGCAAAGCCCCUCUCAAUCUCCGAAUAAUCUCGCGUCUCUUUUGCGCCUUUUCUUGUACUUCCCUUCGCUUGCUCGCCUUUGAAUUGAUCCAUCAACCACAAAAAAGAGAGGAAGAGAAAAAUUUUGCAGUCUCCAUCACUCCUGCUGUCCCAUGCGAUUAUUUUGUCCCGGUCGUUUGAUCAAUCCAAGGACAACUCAACGAGAUGAUGCUGGUGAUGAGGAGAUCAAAUCUUGAUGGUCAUUAUUAGCUGAAAAGGAUUGGAUUUUUACCGCAGAGACAGUAUCUGAGCUGUGUUUCUCAGUGCCUCCCAUGUUCUUGCACCAACCAAGCUAGAACUUGGAAAGGAACACCACCAUCACCAAUUUGCAAGAGAAGGUUCUCUCCCUUGUAUUAUAACCACAACUAUAUUGAUUCGAGAUUAAAGAGAAGGGCACAGUGAGGAUACUGGCAUUUGGAGGCUUGUUGAAUCCAGGUGCGUGUGCCACCUCUCCCGAAAGGCCAAAAAAAACCACUGCUGCGAGUGCGAGUGUGCAACUUUCCUGCAAGAAACAGUGAGCCGAACACACCGGCUCUGUUCUUGGCUAAUUAAACCCCAAUUGCGGCGCUGUUUGGAUUCAGUUCUUCGCAAUUCUUGGAUUCCCCAGCAGCAACUGUUCUUCCCCAACCGAGAGCCCAAAUCUUUGAUCCAAAACUUUGAACCAGAUAGAAGCCAUGGUUUCUCGGUCCUACUCCAACCUGCUGGACCUGGCCACCGGCGCGGCGGACCAGGCGCCGGCGCCGGCGGCGCUCGGCGCGCUCCGGCGGCGGCUGCCGCGGGUGGUGACCACCGCGGGGCUCAUCGACGACUCCCCGCUGUCCCCCUCGACGCCGUCCCCGUCGCCGCGGCCGCGCACCAUCGUGGUCGCCAACCACCUCCCUAUCCGGGCUCACCGCCCGGCGUCGCCGUCGGAGCCGUGGACCUUCUCCUGGGACGAGGACUCCCUCCUCCGCCACCUCCAGCACUCGUCCUCCUCCCCCGCCAUGGAGUUCAUCUACAUCGGCUGCCUCCGCGACGACAUCCCGCUGGCCGACCAGGACGCCGUCGCGCAGGCGCUCCUCGAGUCGUACAACUGCGUGCCGGCGUUCCUGCCCCCCGACAUCGCCGAGCGCUACUACCAUGGCUUCUGCAAGCAGCAUCUGUGGCCGCUGUUCCACUACAUGCUGCCGCUCUCCCCCGACCUCGGCGGCCGCUUCGACCGCGCGCUGUGGCAGUCGUACGUGUCGGCGAACAAGAUCUUCGCGGACAAGGUGCUCGAGGUGAUCAACCCGGACGACGACUUCGUGUGGGUGCACGACUACCACCUCAUGGUGCUCCCAACCUUCCUCCGCAAGCGCUUCAACCGCAUCAAGCUCGGCUUCUUCCUCCACUCGCCGUUCCCCUCGUCGGAGAUCUACAAGACGCUCCCCGUCCGGGAGGAGCUCCUGCGCGCGCUGCUCAACUCCGACCUCAUCGGCUUCCACACCUUCGACUACGCGCGCCACUUCCUCUCCUGCUGCGGCCGGAUGCUGGGGCUCUCCUACGAGUCCAAGCGUGGCCACAUCUGCUUGGAGUACUACGGCCGGACGGUGAGCAUCAAGAUCCUCCCGGUGGGGGUGAACAUGGGGCAGCUCAAGACGGUGCUCGCGUUGCCGGAGACGGAGGCGAAGGUGGCAGAGCUGAUGGCGACUUACUCCGGGAAGGGGAGGGUCGUCAUGCUGGGCGUCGACGACAUGGACAUCUUCAAGGGGAUCAGCCUCAAGCUGCUCGCCAUGGAGGAGCUGCUGCGGCAGCACCCCGAGUGGCGCGGCAAGCUGGUGCUCGUCCAGGUCGCGAACCCGGCGCGCGGCCGCGGCAAGGACGUCGACGAGGUGAAGGGGGAGACGUACGCCAUGGUGCGGCGGAUCAACGAGGCGUACGGCGCGCCCGGGUACGAGCCGGUGGUGCUCAUCGACGAGCCGCUCCAGUUCUACGAGCGCGUGGCGUACUACGUCGUCGCCGAGGUGUGCCUGGUGACCGCGGUCCGCGACGGCAUGAACCUGAUCCCCUACGAGUACAUCGUGUCCAGGCAGGGCAACGAGGCGCUCGACAGGAUGCUGCAGCCGAGCAAGCCGGAGGAGAAGAAGAGCAUGCUGGUGGUGUCCGAGUUCAUCGGGUGCUCGCCGUCGCUGAGCGGCGCGGUGAGGGUGAACCCGUGGAACAUCGAGGCCGUGGCGGACGCCAUGGAGAGCGCGCUCGUGCUGCCGGAGAAGGAGAAGCGGAUGCGCCACGACAAGCACUACCGCUACGUGGACACCCACGACGUGGGCUACUGGGCGACCAGCUUCCUGCAGGACCUCGAGAGGACGUGCAAGGAUCACGCGCAGCGGCGGUGCUGGGGCAUCGGCUUCGGGCUGCGGUUCAGGGUGGUGUCGCUUGACCUCAGCUUCAGGAAGCUCGCCAUGGAGCACAUUGUCAUGGCGUACCGGAGGGCGAAGACGCGCGCCAUCCUGCUCGACUACGACGGCACGCUCAUGCCGCAGGCGAUCAACAAGAGCCCGAGCGCCAAUUCCGUCGAAACGCUGACCAGCUUGUGCAGGGACAAGAGCAACAAGGUUUUCCUCUGCAGCGGGUUCGAGAAGGGAACACUCCAUGACUGGUUCCCCUGCGAGAACCUUGGCUUGGCGGCUGAGCACGGUUACUUCCUGAGGUCAUCGAGGGAUGCAGAGUGGGAGAUUUCCAUUCCCCCCGCGGACUGCAGCUGGAAGCAGAUCGCGGAGCCGGUGAUGUGCCUGUACAGGGAGACCACGGACGGCUCGAUCAUCGAGAACAGGGAGACGGUGCUCGUCUGGAACUACGAGGACGCAGACCCUGACUUCGGUUCAUGCCAAGCCAAGGAGCUCGUCGACCACCUCGAGAGCGUGCUCGCCAACGAGCCCGUCUCGGUGAAGAGCACCGGCCAUUCCGUUGAGGUCAAGCCACAGGGCGUGAGCAAGGGCCUGGUGGCGCGGCGGCUGCUGGCGAGCAUGCAGGAGAGGGGCAUGUGCACCGACUUCGUGCUGUGCAUCGGGGACGACCGCUCCGACGAGGAAAUGUUCCAGAUGAUCACAAGCUCCACCUGCGGCGAGUCGCUGGCGGCCACGGCGGAGGUCUUCGCCUGCACCGUCGGCCGCAAGCCGAGCAAGGCCAAGUACUACCUCGACGACACGGCGGAGGUCGUCAGGCUGAUGCAGGGCUUGGCCUCCGUCUCCAACGAGCUGGCUCGGGCGGCGAGCCCCCCGGAGGACGACGACGAAUGAGCACCCAUAGGGCGCGCGAGGCGUGCCAUGGAAAGGAUUAGGCAGUGCGGUGCACCGGAGAGCCUCGUUUAGUUCCCCCCGGUUUGAGCGUUUGAUGGGUCGUAGUUGCUAGUUAGGUGUACAUGAUUUCCUAUGAUUCUUCAGGGUAUUGUACCGUACGGAGUAGUGAUUUAGUCCUUGGUUAGAGCAUCAUGAAUUGGUUUGUCAUCAGUAAGAGAGUAUUAUUGAUCUAGUAAAGCUCGGGUUACCGCAACAAUUAUCAUAUUUUUCUCCGAGCAACACGUGAUCUAGUGUUGAACUAUAUCUCGACAAAUCUGCUGCUUAAUCAAUGCAUGGUCCUUCAUCUGGAGC